AAAAUGCCGGCUUUAUUCCUUCCAGUCAAAACAACUCGCCCAAAGACGCAUAUGGCCACCGAUAUCAACUGCAAUUUAUCCGAUCUAUCGUCUCCGAUUUCCCCGUUUCGUCCCCAUUUCUUUGCUACUUCAUUGCGACGGGCUUUUAAGAUUUUAUGAGCCAUGGGUGAUGCAGUUGAUUUAACUGGAGAUGGAGGUGUCAUCAAGACAAUCAUAAGGCAAGCAAAAGCUGGUGCAAUUGGUCCUUCAGAGGAUCUUCCUCUUGUUGAUGUUCAUUAUGAGGGCACACUUGCUGAAAAUGGUGAAGUUUUUGAUACUACACGUGAAGAUAAUACUGUGUUCUCGUUUGAAAUUGGAAAGGGCUCUGUCAUCCAGGCAUGGGACGUUGCACUGAGAACAAUGCAGGUUGGGGAGGUUGCAAAAAUCACUUGCAAGCCAGAAUAUGCCUAUGGCAGUGCUGGGUCCCCACCAGAUAUCCCACCCGAUGCAACGCUUAUUUUUGAGGUGGAGUUAGUGGCCUGCAAACCACGGAAAGGCUCCAGUAUAAUUAGUGUUUCAGAGGAGAGGGCUAGGCUAGAGGAGCUGAAGAAGCAAAGGGAGCUUGCUGCUGCUGCAAAAGAGGGAGAGAAAAAGAGGAGAGAGGAAGCCAAAGCUGCUGCAGCUGCCCGUGUGCAAGCCAAGCUUGAAUCGAAGAAAGGGAAGGGAAAAGGAAAGUCGAAAUAGGGCUAUAUCACAAAUUUAUUUAUGAAGAUAUUAAAUUUGAUGAAGUAGUAAAGAUAUACAUGAAACUCAUAUGUAGCCAUGUGAAAUUGACAUGUAUAAUGUGCUGUUAGCUUCCAAAUUCAGAUUGAAAUGGCUUAUAAGACCUUAACAUUUCUAAUAUGCAAUUAGUUCCGACUGUUUUGAAUAGUC